CUCACUUUGGAGCUUCUCCAUUCUGUCAGCUCUCCCGGAACAUCCAAGGCAAGACUGGCACCAGCGCAUGACAGUGACUGACCACAUACCCGUUCCCAGGCACUAUGGAGUCCUUCAGCUCAAAGAGUCUGGCACUGCAAGCAGAGAAGAAACUACUAAGUAAGAUGGCAGGUCGGUCUGUGGCUCAUCUCUUCAUUGAUGAGACAAGCAGUGAGGUACUAGAUGAGCUCUACCGUGUGUCCAAGGAGUACACGCAUAGCCGGCCCCAGGCCCAGCGGGUUAUCAAGGACCUUAUCAAAGUGGCUGUCAAGGUGGCUGUGCUGCACCGCAAUGGCAACUUUGGCCCCACUGAGCUGGCCCUGGCUACCCGCUUCCGUCAAAAGCUACGGCAGGGUGCCAUGACGGCGCUUAGCUUUGGGGAGGUAGACUUCACCUUUGAGGCUGCGGUACUGGCAAGUCUGCUCACUGAGUGCCGAGACAUGCUGCUGGAGCUGGUGGAGCACCACCUCACACCCAAGUCACAUGGCCGCAUCCGCCAUGUGUUUGAUCACUUCUCUGAUCCAGGGCUGCUCACAGCCCUCUACGGGCCUGACUUCACUCAGCACCUUGGCAAGAUCUGUGAUGGGCUCCGGAAGCUGCUGGAUGAGGGGAAGCUCUGAAAGUUCUGA